AUGGAAACCUUACGAAUCUUCUUUCUUAUUUUCGUAGCUGACGCAGAUGAUUGGGGCCAAGUUUAUCCAAAUAUGUCUGGAGAUGGUGCCCUUGGUAUGCUUAUUAAUCGUAAAGCAGAUAUAUGCAUUGGAGCUAUGUACUCGUGGUCCGAAGAUUACACAUACUUAGACCUCUCCAUGUAUCUUGUACGUUCUGGAAUAACAUGUCUUGUACCAGCGCCAUUACGGCUGACCAGUUGGUAUCUUCCCUUAAAGCCUUUCAAAGAAUCUUUAUGGGCUGCAAUUCUAUUAUGUCUAUGUGUGGAAGCCGUGGGAUUGGUUUUUGCAUAUAAAAGUGAGCAAGCGCUGUAUGAACUACCUAGUUACCGUGAGGGCUGGAGGACUUGCAUAAGGUUUGGAGUAUUUACCACCUUUAAGCUUUUCAUAUCGCAAUCCGAAAACAGCAAGGCAUAUUCACUGACAGUUCGUGUACUACUCUUUGCCUGCUUUCUUAAUGAUUUAAUCAUAACCAGUAUAUAUGCUGGUGGGCUUGCCAGUAUAUUGACAAUUCCCAGCCUGGGCGAGGCAGCCGACACAGUCCAGCGUUUACGAUUGCACCGAUUACAGUGGGCGGCCAACUCUGAGGCAUGGGUCUCUGCCAUACGCGCUUCUGAAGAGCCAUUAGUGAAAGAAAUAUUGUACAAUUUUCACAUCUAUAGCGACGAUGAGUUGCUACGCUUAGCCCAGGGCGAGGAUAUUCGCAUUGGAUUUACGGUGGAGCGUCUGCCAUUCGGUCACUUUGCUAUUGGGAACUAUUUGGGGCCUGAAGCGGUUGACCAGUUAGUUAUAAUGAAGGACGAUCUUUAUUUUCAAUAUACGGUGGCUUUUGUUCCCAGACUUUGGCCCCUCCUUGAGAAAUUCAAUACUUUGAUAUAUAGCUGGCAUUCUUCUGGUUUCGAUAAAUACUGGGAAUUCCGUGUAGUUGCCGAUAACUUAAAUCUGAAGAUACAGCAACAAGUCCAAGAAACAAUGACAGGAACUAAAGAUAUUGGUCCGGUUACGCUUGGCAUGUCAAACUUUGCGGGAUUUAUUAUUGUCUGGAUAUUGGGAUCUGCUAUUGCUACGUGUAUUUUUUUGGUAGAGCUGUUUACAAAUAUUUUAUAACAGAGUAACUUGAUAUAAGUUUUUUUUAAUAAAUAUUUUCUUUGUUCUAAAUAAUAGUAAAUAUUUGUAACUGUAAUAGGUAUUUUGGACUUCACGCAUCCUGUUACAUUAUGUGUUUGGUCGGUUUAAAGAAUGCAAAUAUUGAUAUUGAGUAAGUAUGGCAUAACUUUUGUCGUCUCAAAUCUUAAUUUUAACUUAAUAAUAUCUAAUAAAUAAAAUAGAUUAUUUAUAUUUAAAUAAUCAAUCAAUAUUUUUGCUGAAAAUGCAGCCCUGUCAUUUUAAUUGAUUUUCAUAGUGGAGGAUUAGUCAGCUGACUUUUUCGAUACAAUUUGGCGGAAAACAUUUUGUGUUAACAUUAAUCGUUUGUUAUUUAUAUGUAUUUUUUUGUACUGUCCAAAAAUAGAUGUAACCAAACAAAAUGGCUUGGGUUCUGUUGAGUAGACCUAACUUUUCGCGCUGGGUCGCGUCAUGUUAUGUAUGUCAAAAUAAACUACAGAAUGUAUUAUAUAUUAAACAUAUUUUUUAAAUAUAUUUUAUGCCAUGCAACUCAGCUGAAUGCUUGGAUCGACAGCGGUCGCAACUAUUCCGCCCUUACUGACUGGGUAUUUGGCCAAAUUAGAGAAAGUAUGCUGAGCGAAGAAAAAAAAGGGAAAAGUUUAGCAAAAACAAGAAGAUUUGAGCUUCAUGUUAAAGGUAUCUGUAAAAGUGCGGUCAAAAUAUGAUGAAAUUUUACUUUGGAAUCUGCAUAAUAUUCUUAUUGCUAUAAACUGCAAUUUAGCAAUAGGUGCUGAAAAAUUUCAGAAACUUUCUAUGUCAAUGUCGCAAACGCUACAUAAGAUUCUGGUACUUUUUCGCGGAAUCGAUCCGCGUUGCCAUAGAAGCGUGGUUGAAUUUCUUGCAGUCCUUGAUCUCGUGUUGUUCCUCACACAAGGGGCAACAUCUGGGGCGGUCUGCAUACCGCUCCUCCUCUCGAGCACUAUUCGCGUGCAAUACCCUUCGCUUCGGGUGCUCUUUGAUUCCGACGUCCGUGACAGUGCACACCAAUUUAACGAAUUCAUGAAGCCACUCGCUUAGGUGCACCACUGUCGGAUACGGCUGUAUCGUAACCACGUGCUUCACCCAUUCCAACCUCUUGCUCACAGGCAACUUGGCAAUCAUCUCCUCCAUUAGGGUUGGGUUCCCUAGUGCUAGCUGCCGGUCGCGGUUGACUGCAGGAACGCUGCCAGGUUGCUCACCCUUGUGGCGAACGGCACGAUCCUUGCGAUGUUGGCCUCCUGAAUUGGCUGUACAUCGCGCACGCUCUCCAAUUGGCUACGGAUCAGUAGCUCCGGACGUCCAUACCGGAAUCGUAACUGCUCCAUAACAGCUUUCACGUUGCUAAGGUGGAUGAGCAGCGACUUCACUGCUGUUCGGGCUUCACCCUUCAGGGCCUUCACUAGCCUCUGAUUAUUCUCCAAUUGUGUACACUGGUAAGCUGCCGUUGUCUCCGUGAAAGCUCACAGGAAUAUUGGCCAUUCUUCCGGCUGACCCUCAAACUCGGGAAGAUCAGGCAGUCUGCGUGGCGUCCACCCAGGUAUGCUCGUCGUUGCCACUCCAUAUGUUUGACGCGAUGGCGUUGAUACCUCCAAAUUGUGUGUUGGCUCCCGUGGCUGAUGAACAUAACCUCGUUCAGGCUGCGCCGUGGCGGUGACACAAAACGGCGGAGAGUAGCUCACUGACGUUGUUGUACUCCGUGUGACAGGUUGCCUAUUUUCCCAAUGGCCGCCGAACGUUGGCGCCAAAAAUCCACUCAAUUGUGGCGACAAACUUGCACUCAAUUGUGACGGCAACGGCGCAUCCAAAGAUGACGUCACUUCAAGCUCCAGUUGCAGAUUGUCAUUCGUAAUCUGCCUGGGCAGGUUCUCACUCGAACCUGCCGUGGUGCUGCUUUCAGACAUGGCACCUUUUCACUCAAACAUGCCGAUCACCAGCCACACUCGCAGAGCUGGCCGGGUUGCCAGUUGCGGUGGCCGUGGUGGUCGCAGUUGCGGGAACACCCGAGACAUCCAGUCUGGGGCUCCGUCGAGGCGAAUGCUUAGUAGGCAUCAUCUCGCAGAUAUCAGUGCGUUGCGCUGCGUUAGUU